AUGUCACGGGAGGGGUUCCCACUCCAAGACGAUGGGAUGGAACGGCCGCCCGUCUUCUCACUGGAUGUCCUCGCCGAUCGCUCUUUGGUGAAGGAUAUUGUCAAAGGUGUCAUCUCAACCGUCUUCUUUCACAGAUUUUUCCCUACUGUCAGACCGAAAACCAGAGACCUACUCGAUCUCACUUUGCCUGCAGUAGACGAUCCUGAGCUCGAUGAGCUUAUCAACCAACGCACAAAUAUUUUGAUAGGAUCGAUAGAAGCCUCAGCAGGCGUUGGAACAAAGCCCCAACGCGGGGAAGUAGUAGUGUACACAGUGGAGUUCUACGAGAGGCGCCCAAAGAAGAAUUGGUUCUCGAAAGCUGAGGAGAAAGUGUGCUGGGAGCAGUGGGUGCUGAGUGUUACGGUUGUCUCUCCAAGGACCGAUGCUGAGCGUAUCAAACUCCGAAUGUCUAUGGAGGCACAGCUACAGGCCGCUGUUCUCAAUAUCAUUACCAUAGCCAGCAUGAAGAAGGACCACAUUCCGCCGAUCACCACCAAUGAGGCCAAUCCGUUUCCCUAUUCGAUUACCGUCUCACCCAAGGGCGAGACCUGGGGUGCCCGAAUGGGGAUAUUCUCAAAUUAGGGGUUGGGUAUCGGUCUGGCUGACAUUGCAGAUUGGUUAGGGCGAUAGAAUUGUUAUUGGAGACGAUGAUGGGAGAGAAACAAAAAUAAAUAAAUCGGAGGCUCGUUGAUUAGGCUUUACUGUACAUGUGCAGUAGUAUGCCUCGAUGCUGAAUGGGAAUUUUUAUACAUAGAGAGAACAGGGUUGUUUCGGUGUUUAGGCGUACUGACAGGUCAUGAAUUAGUUCUACUUUUAUUCUCCUCGUAACAUUUUUUUGUUGUUCUAUCAGCUUAUCAGCUCACCCAUAUCUUCGUUCCUCCCCCCAGUUCUUCGCAAUUAGUGCGGUCCUGUUUCCGCAAAAUACAUAAUAAUAUGUAGUUUUACAUGAUGAUUCUUAUGGUGGUUGGAGGUGUAC